UAAAUCCAUAAACCGAUGCACGUAUACAGACACACACGUACAUGCACAAUAUAAAAAGAUGCAGGCAAACACACACACACACGUAAGUGUUACGCAUCCGCCAUGAUGUUGCCAACAAGGUCAAAGUUCACCAUGUUUCCCUCCAUGUUCUGAUCUCUGAAGUCGCAGUCAGUCGCAGCUGUUUGGAUCCCAGUGGCAUCCCAAGUCCUUCCUGGGUGUCCCCUCCGCCCCUUUUGGUCUUAACCUCUGGGGGGCCGGAUUCGGACCUCGUCCAACACAUCAUCUAUCACAGAACCCAACAAGCCUCAGCUGGACUUUUCCUCUCCGCUAAGAGACCUGCUCCUGGGGGAUUGUGGAAUGUUAUUAUUGCCCCCGCCCCCCCCAACCCCCCUCAGCCUCCCCAACUUCCCAGAUACUUCAUGAAACUUGACAUGCGUGUGGAGAUCGUUGCCUGAGUUGUGUCACUCUUGAUGAUUUUGUGUGCGUUAGAGCAGUCGCAGUCUUCAGCGCGGGGACGCUCUCGGCUUCAGAUGAGAGAGUGGAUCGACUCGGACAUGAACUUCUCAGCGGGAAGUUUUCUCGCCUCCUCGGACGCUUACUGCUCCGCGGAGCAGUUUCAGUUCUACGACAUGUUGGCUGACCCUCUGGGCUACCCACUGCCGGACCCUGACCUCCAGCUGCUCCCUUACGGCCCACAGCAGUACAACCUUGCCGGUCGCUCCUUCCCCCCCUACGGCUCCCCGUCGUCCUCCACGUCCUCGUCCUCGUCGCAGCCCCGCCACGCUCUGUAUCACUUCGGCUCCGACUUCCCGGAGGGCCCCUGCGAUCCCGCCCCCCCCGAGCCCCACUGUGCGGGCUUGCCUCAGGGCCUCGACUUAGCGUGUCUUCCUGCGGUACGGAGACCACGCGUGGCCUCUGUCGGGAGGAUCCGAGGUCACGACGAGCUGUGCGUGGUGUGCGGCGAUAAAGCGUCGGGGUAUCACUACAACGCUCUCACCUGCGAGGGAUGCAAAGGUGACGUCACAGCUCGCGCAAUUCCGCCGCCGCCGCCCUUGUCAAGCUAUCGAGUCUUUCCUAUUUCUCACCUAAAUGUCGCAGGUUUCUUCAGGCGUAGCGUGACCAAAAAGGCCGUCUACCAGUGCAAGAGAGGCGGCGGCUGUGAGAUGGACAUGUACAUGCGGAGGAAAUGUCAAGACUGUCGCCUCAGGAAAUGUCGCGCCGUGGGAAUGCUGGCUGAGUGUCUUCUGACGGAUGUUCAGUGUCAGUCCAAACGACUGAGGAAAGGAGGACGAGGAAGAAGACAGGAGGAAGAGGAGAGUGUGGCCAGCAAGCAGGUCAGCUCCACCAGCAGACUUCACGGACAGGUGGUCACGUCCACUUUAAGCCGGGAACAGAAGCACACGGUGGACAAGAUGGCGGAGGCUCAUCGGGUGUGCCGAGCUCAGUACAGCGACCGCUGCAGGAUGUUUGAUUGGCCGUGUGCAGAGGAAGGGGCGGAGCUUUCGGAGGUUACGUCACCUCACCUGCAACGAGUGCUGCAGUUUGCCAGGACGCUGCCUGGUUUUGACUUGUUGGACCUGUCAGACCAGCGCUGCCUCCUGUCAGCGUCUUCACUGGACCUCAUGUUCCUGCUGUCCGCCCAAAACUUCGCCAGUAACCCGACUGCAAAGCCUGCCGCAGCAUUGCAGCUUUUCAGCACCUCAACGCACGACUGUCUGAGAUGCGCCGCCUCAAAGGACAAUGUGCAACGACGUAGCGAGGAGCUCCUGAGCCCCGUGCUCAACUUCUUUCACAGCAUGGUGGCGUUGCAGGUGACCGAGGCCGAGUACGCCCUGCUGGGCGCCACCGCUCUGCUCUGCUCAGACAGCGCGUCGCUGAUGGCUGCCAGUUUCGUGGAAAAAAUGCAGGAGCUGAUCCUGGACCUGCUGUCUCGCACGUGCGGGACCCGGGCCGGAGCGGCGGGAGGCGGGCCGCGCAGGUUUGGUCAUCUUCUGGGCCGGCUGACGGAGCUUCGGACCCUCCGUCACAACUACCUCCUCGUGACCCGACAGAACCAUGGACCCUGAACGUCUCGUUUGCGUCCUGUAUGCUCCAACACCGGCAGUGUUUUGCCCUGCUCUCACAUCAGUUGCGUUGGCUUGCGCAUCUUUUUGCCUUUCAUUACUUUGACACAUUUCUUCUCGAGCACGGGUGGGCAAAGUAUGGCCCGUGGGCCACAUGCGGCCCACCUCCUUCUUUAUUCUGAACCACAUUGCAUUAUUCAAAGUCCUGUAAUAUUUGUUGAAUUAAUUUGGCUAUUUUACCUUGAAAUGUAUGUAUUUCAUUCAUUCGUGUAAUUAAAUAUUUGUUAAUUCA